AUGGACAAGACAGAAGCAGCAGGAGCUCAGAAUAAAAUCGCAGUGAUUGGAGUUCUUCUGCAAGCAUCGUCCAGUGGAGUGGCAUUACAGAACCUCGAGAACACUUUCACUGAAAUAAGGACUCCAGGCUCCCAGUCUUCACCGCUGAAUUACAGUCUUGAGUCACUUGUACCAAAUGACACAUCAGCAUUCUUUCGAUUCGAUGGCUCGUUGACCACACCCCCAUGUUCAGAAGGCGUGAUUUGGACAGUAUUGAGGGAACCCUCACAGGUGUCAUACAAGCAGGAACUGUUCGAGGAGUUGAACGAGGACUCUUGA